AUGCGUAUGCAAAGUGUAACAAGAUUAAAAGCUAUGCUCUUUGUCUUGUCUGCAUUUCUGUUAAGUGUGUACAAUGUAAAAAUACUAAUAUCGGAAGGAAGGAACUUGAAGGGGUAUCAACACCCAAUGACAUCUGCGCCCAUCACAAGAAGAAGCUAUUAUUAUGAAAAUAUUUUUAAAGGGAACGAUAAAAAUGUUAAAUCUGGAGUUUUAGGAAUGAGAAGAAGAGGAAACUACUACUGUGUCACAAAUAUAAAAAAUUGGACAGAAAAUAUAAAAAAAUUAAUUAACAAAUAUGGAUCAUCUCAAUCAAAUAAAGAGGAGAAGAUAGCUAUCCACCCGUUAAAGAAUUGUCGCUGGGAGAUAACUACUUAUAAUUUUUUCCUGCAGAAAAAUAGUUCUUUUUUCAUACAUAUUUAUGACAAUGGGAAGGUCAAGACAUCCGACAAUAUGGAAGGAACUUGGUUUUAUAAUAACUACUACUUAACAUGGUUCAUAGAAUAUGACAAUAGACGUAUUUACUACACGGCUGAGCUCCUCUGGAACGGUGACAAAAGCAAACUGACCAAGGGCAUAAUUUAUGAAGAGAAAAAAAAGCGCCGUUUUUUUCUUCCAUCCUACUUUUUUAGAAAAGUUCUUGGAUCCUUCGAUGGAAAGAUUGUCAAUUGA